ACAACAAUUACUAUUACAUAAUACUCGUCACUCUGUCUCUAUCUAUAAUCUAUCUAUUUAUCCUCACCGUCACCGGUUUGAGUGAAAAUCUCAUUCUCAUCUUGACGUGGUGGCGCUCUGUUAAUUUUAUCUUCUCCUCCUUUUUUCUAGUCUUUCCAUAUAUUUAUAUCUAUUCAUCCUCAUUUUUAGCUCACCAUCAACCUAAGACAAUUCAUUUAUCAUUAUCUCUCUUUCUUCAACGAACUCUUUUUCAGCUUUUCCGUAUCCCGUAACCUCCGAUUUUCAGGUGGUUAAACAAUCUAUUGAAAUGGAGGUUAAUGGGGGCUAGAACUUGCUAUGUUCUAUGGCCUUGAUUGAUAUCUGGGAAAUGUGUGGUGGGAGAGUUAAAAUUAGAGAUCUAGAAGAUACCACUUUAAGAGGAAGAAACUACUUCAAGAGCAAACUUUCUGGUAUGGAGUAUGAAUCAGACUGGACAAAACAUAGAAAAUCCUCGGCAUUUACUGCUCAAGUGAUUCGUUCUGCAACAUCUUUUAUGCCUUGGUCUUGUAAAAUGCCCAUAGGUGAUGGAUUUCAUGAAUUUCUUUAAUCAAUUGUUUGUCAUUUGAAACAAAAGCAUAGUUAGGUUCUCUGGAAUAUAUAAUUGAACAAGUACAAGAAUCAUCAACUUCUCCUCAUUUUGCAAUAUUUAAAAUGCCUGGUUUUGUAAGUGGAAAGAAGAGAAUUACAGAACCAAAUAUGUGUUUCUCCACAUUGAGCGAGCAACACACAUUAACUCAUUCGAAAAGCAAUCCUCGUUUAACCUCAGAGGUUGCUAAUGAUCUGGACAGCCCCAUUUUACCAGGGCUCCCAGAUGACGUGUCAAAGUACAUCCUUGCACUUGUUCCUCGUUCCAAUUUCCCCUCUAUGGGUGCUGUCUCCAAGAAAUGGAGGUCUUAUAUCCGGAGCAAAGAAUUCAUCACCGUCAGGAAAUUACUUGGGUUGCUUGAGGAAUGGCUUUGCAUCUUAACUAUGGAUGCAGAAGGAAAGCAAAGCCAAUGGGAGGUUUUGGAUUGUGAGGGAAACAAACAUCGGUUUCUUCCACUGAUGCCUGGUCCAGUGAAGGCUGGGUUUGGGGUGGUUGUCAUUAACGGAAAGCUUCUUGUAAUGGCUGGUUAUUCAGUGAUUGAUGGGACUGGCUCUGCUUCUGCAGAUGUUUACGAAUAUGAUCCUUGCCUUAACAGUUGGAGCAAAUUGGCAAACAUGAAUGUGGCCCGUUAUGAAUUUGCUUGUGCUGAGGUGAAUGGCAUGGUUUAUGCGGUUGGAGGCUAUGGGACAGAUGGAGAAAGCCUCUCAAGUGCCGAGGUGUAUGACCCCGAAACUGACGAGUGGACCCUGAUAGAGAGUCUUCGAAGACCAAGAUGGGGUUGUUUUGCGUGUGGCUUUGAUGGGAAACUUUAUGUUAUGGGUGGAAGGUCGAGCUUCACCAUUGGAAAUUCAAGGUUCGUUGAUGUCUACAACCCUGAGAGGCACGCCUGGUGUCAGAUGAAGAAUGGUUGUGUCAUGGUCACUGCUCAUGCUGUGAUCGAAAAGAAGCUCUUCUGUAUGGAGUGGAAAAACCAGAGGAAAUUGGCCAUAUUCGAUCCAGAGGACAAUUCAUGGAAGAUGGUGCCAGUUCCCUUGACUGGUAGCUCAUCCAUUGGGUUCCGAUUUGGGAUACUGGACGGAAAGCUUUUGCUUUUCUCUCUAGAAGAAGAACCUGGUUACAACACUCUGCUCUAUGAUCCUCAUGCAGCUCCAGGUUCAGAAUGGCAGACCUCCAGGAUAAAGCCGUCUGGUUUGUGCUUGUGCAGUGUGACAAUAAUUGCUUGAAAGUAAAGCUUCAUUGCAAAAUUCCAAAAUGCUUCUUCAGAUUUGGUUGGCUUAUUGUAUUUUAAUUGAAUCAGGUUAAAAACUUUUUAUUUGUUUUGGUUUGGCAAUGUGUUGCCAGGUUUUAGACGAGUCUAUUGGACUAAUCUUUUAGGCCUCAAGACUUAUUGAUGAAAUAGUUUCUUAUCAUGUAUUCUGGUUGACAGUGCCUUGACUGCCUUCUCUUUCUCGCAUUUUUUUUUAAUCACUGUAUGUGUUUGGGUUAGCUUGACUGUAUCUCCACUAAUUUUUUGGGGCCUUGAAACUGUCGAUCGGGUAAGAGCUCCGGUGGUUACUCCUAUUAGUGUCUGGGAGGACUCGAAUUCAAAUGUUCAUGAAACAUUUUUUUGUUUUUUUA